CUUCUCAACCACAGAAAAGCCAGUGAAAAGGGGAGACUGUGUGGAAUGAAGUGAAGGAGGAGGAGAUAAAAAAAAAAAGGAGCAGAGAGGGAGAGAGGGAGACUGGCUGGGGGUGUAAAAACAACAGGAAACCCACUGAUUCUAAUGCUGUUUCUGCAAAUCCUUUAGAGAUAAAGCAGCGGAGUGCCACGUCCCGGCUGAGCAACAGUCACACCACGUCUUUUCUCUCACCAUCCCUUGAAAUCAUGACAAUCUGAAGGACUUAAAGUUGAAAAUGUGACGUCACUUCUGCUCUCAGCCUCCAACACUGUGGUUAGUCAGAAUGUGAGCGGAUGCAGAAUUUUGGGAGCUGAGUGCUGGGAUUUCUAUGUCGCUGCUUUCUUGACCCAAAGCAAUCUCAAUCUUUUUUCUCGGGUUCAUAUGGAUCGAUCGCUGUGCUUUCAAGGGGCUUCUUGUUUUAAUCACCUGGACCACUAACUGGAGCCACAUGAAGAAUAAAGGGACUAAGCAGAAGCUCAAAAAGAAAGGAAUUGAAAAUGUGUUCGGCUGUGACUUGACAGAACAUCUCCAGAAUUCAGGACAAGAUGUUCCUCAGGUCCUGAUGAAAUGUGCAGAGUUUAUUGAGAAGCAUGGGGUUGUGGAUGGGAUCUACAGGCUGUCAGGGAUCACCUCGAACAUCCAGCGUCUCAGACAGGAAUUCUGCUCUGAGGCAUGCCCUGACCUUACAAAGGAAGUGUACCUCCAGGACAUCCACUGUGUGGGUUCCUUAUGUAAGCUGUACUUCAGGGAGCUUCCCAAUCCCCUGCUCACAUAUGAGCUAUACAGCAAAUUCACGGAAGUCGUCUUGGUCCAAGGGGAUCAUGAGAGACUUGUAUAUGUUCAGAAGAUCAUCAAAGAACUGCCGACUCCUCACUUCAGGACUUUGGAGUUCCUCACUAAGCACUUGGCCCACCUCGCUACUUUAAGCACUCAGACAAACAUGCAUACACGUAACCUGGCUCUGGUGUGGGCGCCAAAUCUGUUAAGAUCCAAAAACAUUGAGGUUUCGUCUGGUAAUGGAGACAUGGCGUUCCAGGAGGUGCGGAUACAACAGUCAGUGGUUGAGUUUAUUCUAAACCAUACAGAUCAACUCUUCAGCAGUGGUUCGGCACAACUCAAACCCAAAGAAGGCCCAAGUUUGAUGUGUGGGGAGAAGUAUGCCACGCUCCCAAUCAGCGGUCAGUGUGGGCCAAUGAAACUGAUGAGCCUGGAAGAAGCCCAGGCUCGUUCCUUAAGUCCAAACCAUCCUGUGCACAAGGAACGUCAGAGAGAGAACAGUCUUCCUGACACCAGCACCGCCACGCUCUACCACACCGUCAUAGACAUAUCAGACAGCAAGAGAAAGUUUUCUGGGAAAUCAAAGAAAUGGAAGUCCAUCUUCAACCUGGGAAGAUCUGUGGACUCAAAGGGAAAACUGAGCCGCAAUGGCAGCGUGUUCAUACGAGCACAGGGGAUAACAGAAAAAGCGGCUCUACGUCCAUCCAGGAGCAUGGAGUCCUUGUGUUCUUUACCAACAGAUGAUGAAAGAGCAGGAAACAACAGUACAGCUGGAGGCAGCAUUUUUCUUCCGGAUGUAAAGUCCAGAACACUGGGAUCAGACUAUGACCUGGACGAGCAUGACCAAAACUGGGAGUUUAAAGGGAAAAAAUCUGCCGGGGCAACAGGUGGAUGGAGCUCCAGCAUGAACCAAAAGGCCUCACCGAGUGCUUCUGCGUCUACUCAAAAAACACUGCCAGAGCAGCUGAAGGUGUUCAAAGGUGACGACCUCAGUGGCUACAAACCCACGUCUCCAAAAAACAGGAGAAUGCUGUACUCGGGCUCUUCCCAAAACAGCUCAUCUCGACCUUCCUUCCCAGGGAGCUUCUUCCCACUGGAGUCCUCGCCACGGCAUCAGCGGCGAGCCGUCAACAUAUCUGAGCCUUUUGCUGUGUCUGUGCCCCUGCGUGUGUCCGCUGUUAUCAGCUCCAACAGCACACCGUGCAGGGGGCAUGCCAAGGACAAAGCAGCGACUUUAAAACCGUGCAAAGGAGCGUCAGAGCAAAGCAUCAACAGUGGAAAGAGCAACACUUUCCCCCAACUGGAACCAAAGAAGCAGGAAAAAACAGAUAAGAAAAACACAGAGGAGCUGAGCUGUAGAGUUCCUCCAGAGGGUACAAGCAAGCAGACAAAAGGGCAAGUGGGGAUGACUAUUUCUGCACUAGAAGCACUGUCUUCUGCAAAUGUGAGAGAAAGCAAGGGGGCAGCGCCAUCUCCUGGGAGAGAAUUGCACAAACUGGACAAAACCCGUUCUACUGAGAAAGAGCUGUGGUCUGAGCUGAAGAUCACCGAGCCUGAAAUCGACCUGCUGGAUGAGAAACCCGUUUUCAGCUCCAGGAGCUCCAGUGAGGGCACAAAGUUAACGAUGGAUGUUAAGUCCAAACGGAGCCGCAGCUCUCCGUCUCUGACGUUGCUAUGCCGGGAGCAGACCUCAAAUACCUCUCUGAGUGACCAUGUAUUUGCCACUGGAUCAAAGUCUGCAAAGAAACAGCCCUCGGAGUCAGACAUCGUAUUUUCUCUCCACAAAAACGUUGACGUAUUUGUUGGUGGAGACUUAGAAAAUGCCUGCUCUGCUUACAGAGGAGAGGAGGAAGCGAGGAAACGGCUUCCUGAAGCGGCACCCUCAGACACAGAUGAACCAGUGUACACUAAAGAGAGACAAAUCAUUUUACAGGAAACGUGUUUGGACAGGGAAAUGGCUCCUUUGUCUGAAAAUGAUGCUGAAGCAGGCUUCACAAGAACAGAUGAUGCAGGUCAGUCACAGAAAUGUGAGAUUCCUCAUGAGGACAAAAAACUCUUCUUUGAUGGAGCAAAGAGGAGCGUGAUCCCUGAGUUGGAGCUUGCCCAGAGGCUUUCAGUGUGUUUGGAGGAGAGACCGAACACCUUGGAGUUGCCACACCUUGAUGAUGAUGAAGGAUGUGGAGAAAACUUGGAGGAGCUGGACUUGGUGGAGCCCUGGGAUGAUCUUAGCUCCACCCAGCAGUGGGUUACCAGUCCCCUUCAUUCACCUGACAUUGAGGAGCUGUUUAACCAGCUGUCGCCCUUCAGCCCUCGCGAGGAAGCUUCAAGCUCAGAGGAGGCAAAGAUUUCACCUCCUUCAUGUGAUAAUAACAAACAACCUGCCAUUAAGAGCAAUGAACGCUUGUCCGGCAGCGUUCCACAAACGUCCAGCUGCAAACCAGAAACUAAAUGGAUGUAUUUGCCAUUGGUGCCUACACGAGUCAAUGUGAACAGCAAUAACACUACACAACCUCACACAGGGAAAUGCAGUGCAACCAAACAGAAGAAUACAGCGUCAUCUCAUCGGUUUCACAGACAGAUGUCUUAUGAGGCAGCUACUCCGGAGAAAAGAGAGGAAAAUAGUUCUUCCAAACACAGACCAUAUUCACUUAAUUUAGAUCUGGGCCACAGGUGCAUCAGAGACAUUUCUAAUCAGCAAAGUCGUUGCUCAUCCGAGUUUUCAUCCAGUCAGAAAUCACUGAUAACGUCGUCGGUGUCUGCGAACAACGGGCUGCCCUCAGACUUGGAGAUGUUUCUGAGCGAUCGGCAGGCGCCUCUACGCCGAAAUUCAGCCCCAGUCAGCGUGUCGUCGGUGCGGACGCCAUUCAUGAUUAAAACAUGUCAGGCCAAAGCUGUGCCUGUCAUCCCUCCCAAGGUGCAGUACAGUCAAAUACCUCACUCCAGGCAAGACAACGACUUUGAGGCAUUGAAGGAACAAGAAAAGGAACAUCCCAAAGUGAGCGCAGAGAAAAGCAGCUCUGCACCUCCUCAGAUGAUGUCCGACCUAAAGGAGGAGUUGGAGAACAAGGAGCCUGUGCCCAAACACCAAAAACAUGCAAGUGCUGAGAAAUCUGCGGAGGCCGUGAAGACCACGUCUACUCCAGAGCUGCCGGUCAUAGCGAGGAGACAUGCUCCCAGUGUGGAGGUGUUUGUGGAUUGUCCCAGACCGAACAGAGGGAACCUUUUACAAAGACCGUCCUUCAGGAACAGGCAGAGACCUCAGAGUCUCAUCCUGCUCAGCCCUCCUUUUCCCAUCAUGGACUACCCGCCAGCAGGAGACGACGGCAAGCUCCUCUCAUCUAUGAAAGGCUUGAAUGACUCUUCGGCAGUGAACGUCUUUUCUAAAGAGAUGGCAGAUAAUUUAAGGAUGGCGGAGGGGAUCACGCUUCAAAACAAAAUGACUAUUCCUAAAAGUGGACAGAGGCUGGAAACUUCGACCAGCUGCUUCUACCAGCCACAGAGGCGGUCCAUGAUAUUUGACAGCAGGAGCCACAGGCAGAUUGAGUGAUUAUGAGACUGGCUGUGUGUGUGUAGAUACAGUAUAUAAGGAUUAUAGUGACAUGAAGGUGUUGUGAUAACAUCACAGGGUCCCUGGGGCUUGAAGUCAUGAAGGUUUUGUUUUAUGUAAGGAAGCGUCUCAUGGACUAAUGGCUUCUUUUUUUUUCUUUUGUUUUCUUAAUCCGCUCGAUUAGCAGAUUAAUUGUUUGGUCUGUAAAAUAUUAGUAAAGAGAAUUGAUCGACAAAUAGUUUCGGCACUACUGAAAAUCCUACAUGCACAUGUUUUUAAAGGUGGCAGACGUGUUUCGUUCUUUUGUUAAGUCACUGCUUAUCAGUGACGUGGAGAUCAAAUCAAAUACACAGCUGCAGAUCAAUACACAUGUGGACGUAUGGAGUUAUUGAAUAUACAUGAGACAGAAUAGAAAUCAAUAUUGCACUUUUUAAAUCACAUAAAAAGGUUGAAGAAGGAAUUAGUGAAUGAAAUUCUUAUAAGAAUAACACACACACAGCACAAAAGAAAUAAGAAUUGAUAAAUAAAAACUAAAUAAAGAACUAAUAAGUUAAAAAACAGUAAUUAGUGGGAAUGGCGGAGUGUUGAAAUAUAGGAAAUCUCUGCCAUUAAAACCUCAAAAUACUAAAAAGCAAUAUAGAUGUUGGGAUGAAUGAGAGCUAGAGAUGGUUGAUUUUUACAUUUUGAUAACUAAGCUUCCGUUUGCCACAGAAUAAAAACAACUAGUAGUCCAGUGGUUUCCUGUAUACAGAUCAGGCCCUUUGUAAGAGUCACAGAAUAUAUUAUAGAGGGUGUGAUAAGAUUAUUAAAAAUGGGAAGAAAUGAUGUUUAACUACACUAGAUAGUAUUUAUAUUUUGAGUGUUUCCCUCUACUCACAAUAACUUUUCCUCCACUGAUUUCAACCAACCUCUUUUCAGCAUCUUCAGCAACAACUUCUUCCAUUUGUGUCAUAUUCAUGAAGAUGUGUUGUUUUGUCUUCCACCUUUUUUUGUAUUGUUUGUUUCAUGUUGGAUUGUAAAAGGUUUACUAAUAAUUGUUUAACAGUUUUACAAUUAUUGCUUUACAGAUUUAGAUGAAGAUAAGAGAAGAUUUUUCUUUUUUACAGUUGUCCACUUGCUAAAGUCGACUUGAUGCUGAUCGAUGUGUUAUACUGUAUGUGUUGGUUCUGUGAUAAGCUGAUGACUAUGUCUAUUUUUAAACUAAUAUUUAAAAAGGAAAUUUCUUUUUUUUCUGAUGAAACUAUAUCAGAUGUUUAAUUAAUAGUAUUUACCCAGAGAAAGACUUCAAUUGUCUUUAUCUUCUGUGAUUACUUUGUGUUUCAUAGCAGUUUUUUUUUUUAUUUGUUGUUGUGUUUUUUUGACAAUGAGGAUGAUCAACCAUUAUUGUAGUUAAAGAGGAAAGAAAAGAGUCAGAGUUGGAGGUCUGACAAUAAACUGGAGGCUGACUUUGUGCACACUGACUGUAUUCACUGUGUUUGGACGUUGAUGGUGCUGCAAGUCGGAUAGUUGUAUCUCCAGGUGUUUCAUGUUUUCUUUACUGUUUGUGUUGUUUUUAGACUGAGCACUCAUGCAUGCAAGAUAGUUUGGAUGUUAAAGUUGUAGAGGUUAGAUGACUGGUCACACUUUUAGUCAUUUUUAUUAUUUUCAUGGAGAUAUCCUUUUUUUUAAUAUUUGUCUUGUGCCUUUUGCAAAUGUGUUGAUAGUGACCGAUGUAUAUUACUAGAGAGAACACAAAGAAAGUGAUAAUAUUAUGACAAGAGUUUGGUCUUUAUUGCCUGAUAAUAGCAAAAUGUACAUACAGUAAGUAAAAAAAAAAAGUUAUGGGAAUAAAAAUGUAUAAACAUCA